AUGCCUAAAAUACACUUGAAGAAGACUAGGAUAGGAGUGUGGUUGAGUUUGUCUUUUCUUCUUAUAAGUUUUAGUCUGGCACGUGACUGUACGCUGGUGGACGAUUAUUACGGCAAAAAUGUUCCUGAGUCCGUUUGCUAUCUCAGCUGCCUUUCGAAUGCACUGAACAAAUUGUACAACGAUGGAGAAGAGAAACUAUUUGUAAAUGAGGAAGUAUACGCAGAUGCAUCUCGUAUAUUGGAUGACAUGGAAGGGGAAACAGCUGAAUGUGUUAAAUACCUUAGUGUUAUCAGCGGUGUAAUGGAAGGGAAACAUGAUAAAUUGGAAAAACUUAUAUCUUACGGAAAUGAAAUGGGAGACCUUGUAGCCAAGGUGGGUGGAUUAUUCGCAGAUGUAAAUGAAAGUGUAAGGGCAAUGAGGGAAGUAUUGCCAUCUACUCUCAUAACAGCAAAUAAAUACUACACGGCUAUUUCUGAGAUUGUUAGGACAGUUUGGGACGAUGUUAAGGCGGUGAAGAGCGACGAUGAGGAAGUCUUACAGUGUAGAAACGGAAAAAUUAUAAGUACAGGGGAGUUUUCAGUCAAGUGUAGCGCCCAUACGUGUCCACUUGGAGUCAAUGUGACAGAGAGUACCCUUAAAAAGUACAAGGAUGGCUGCCUUGAAAUAAAUGUUAUGACUGAAUCUGGUCAGGUAAGCAAGUGCUUUAAUUUACCAAGAAAUAACUUGUAUAUAAGCGGUGCAAGAAUUAAUUCGAGUGGAGUGUUGGAAUGGUCUCAAAAUGAUUCCGCUUUUUUUCGACUUAUAGUCAAAGUUCAGGACAUCUUCGCACCCCUCAUCGCACCUUUUUCAGCCGGGAAACCGCCCUCUGUACUUCUUACAAAGAUGACAAAUAUCACUUCCCUUUACUCUCACUUUAACAAAGUUCACAACAACUUUACUUCGCUGCUGCGCGAUACCAAUAUCACUGUGAAUGCGGACAAUACUAAUACUAAUUCUACCAUUUGA